CAUACAGGUCAAAUAAGAAAACACAAGUGAGGUAUUGAGACAAGAGGUGGCUGGUGAAGAUUGUUUCUGAGUUUAACACUAUUUUCAAUCUUAUGAGGAGUGAGACGACAUGUGAAAGUCCAGCACAGACAUAGGAAGGGCAAGAAGGUGAAGAGGGGCUUUUGGAUGAAAGACAGAUUCGGGUCAGUGAAAUGGAAGAACUGGACAUGUUGAGGGAGGUUUUGGACCCUGAACCCAGCGCAGCUCCGUCAGUGCCGCAAACAGCUGAAACACAAACGUCUGAACCACUUAAAAAAAAGAAUAAGGAAAUCAACCUCAAUAAGUUCUCACCAAAGAGGCCAAGGUCAUCAAAAUGCUCUUUGCGCCAACAGUGGUUGAAGAAGAGCAUGAUGAACAGACCAACAUUAUCAAGGAGGCUUUCGCUGGAGAUGAUGUCAUAUCUGAUUUCCUAAAAGAGAAAAGGAAACAGGAAGAGGUGGGACGACCUAAAAUUGUGGACCUGACACUGCCUGGCUGGGGAGAGUGGGGGGGGUGUUGGUGUCAGACCCUCAUGCCAGAAACGCAAAAGAUUUAGGAUGAAAAUGGCCCCUCCGCCUCCAAGACAAGACCAGAAACUACCUGAUGUUAUCAUAUCAGAGAAGAGAAAUGCAUCAGUUUCUGCCCAUCAGACUGAGUGCCCGGUGCUGUACAUCAGUCAGAUGCUCUCUACAAGAGAGGCGAAGUACAGCACCAUUGAGGUCUGGCCAUCAAGUGGGCAGUCCUCACCCUUCGGUAUUACCUCCUGGGAUGGGCUUUCACCAUCUGUUCAGACCACACCCAGCUCCAAUGGCUCCAUUUAAAAGACGCGUUAGUGUGUGUGUGUGUGGCGGAAAGCCCAAUUUUACCUUUAUUUUAGUCUCCUUGUGUUUGCUGUCCAGUACCAGUUCUUCUUGUUUCCAGUCUUGUGUGCUUAUAUGUUUCCAGUUGGAAAUCUGUGAUUUUUAGUGUAUGCAUGAAGUGUCUAAAUGCUUUUGGGGCCUUUCUAAGUCUGUACAUUUUCUGAAUAAUAAAGUCUUGAACAUAAGUUUUAGCAAUUGAAGUAUUUCAGAAAUAAAAUUACAUGGCUGCCUAAAAAAAAAAAAAAAAUAAAUCUUUGCAAAACAUCCCUUUCUUAAAUGCCACCACCCAACUAUUACUACAAUACAGUGAGUGAUACAGCACAAGUCUAGGAAGGAAAAUUGAGAACAUUUAGAGUUUUCAUGCUUAUUUCCUUCAUGAGAGAGGAGGUAUUUGUUUCACCAUCCAGAUCAAUGGCAUAUUCCAGAAAAACAGCCUUUUUUUUUUUGGGGGGAAUAUCAUCUCACCUGACACCAUGUGAAUCUUUCAUGCAGAGGAGGGGCAAUGUGGCGUGUUGACACGAAUCAACCAUUUUCAUGCCACUGUGACUCAGCAACAUUGCCUUUUAAAAGUCGUUUGUCCAGCACAGGUUUUUAAAUUACUUUGUGCUGGACGUUCUGAAAAUAAGCUGUUGAAAAGGCCCAUUUCAGGAAUGAUGGAUGCAAUGAUUUUAGGGGUUGUCCUACUACAGGUUUUAAACUGUGCUUUGAGCUAUCCAAAUGGAGCACCAACUUCAGCAUGUGUGGAUAUGAUGCCGAGACAUGUAGGGGCACAACCGCAGCCAAGCCCUGCUCCUUACACUAUACAGACCAGCAGCAGCACCUUUCAGACUGGCAAACCUGUUACAGUUGCAAUCAAAGGACCAGACUAUCGUGGUGUGCUCCUCGAGGCUCGGUCUGGAUCAGAUGUAAAUGCAAUAGGAACCUGGCAGACACCUCCAUCCAACACAAAGUUCUUAGAGUGUGCAGGAAACCAACAAGGUGCCAUCACCCAUGCCAACACCACCAUAAAAAACAACUCCACCAUUUAUACCUGGAUUCCACCAGCUCCAGAGAAAAACAUCUACUUUAUGGCCACUGUAGCCCAACAGCGCACUGUGUACUGGUUAAAUGUGAAGUCAUCGACUCUGACCCAAAGUGAUGGAGGAGGAACAAUAGUACUACUAAACGAUAGAGCUGAAACGGUCACACCUGCCGUGAUGCUACUACUUGCCGUCCUGUUGGCAAAUGUUCAAUAUCUAGUUGAAUAAGAAUCCUGAUCUUCUAGUUGAAGAAGAUCCAGACUGAGUAAAGGAUACUAGCUCAGUUACUCAGUAUAAAAUAUUAAGUCAGCAUUAAAUAUUAAGACAUACCUUUUAUUUGUGUGAUUGUUAUGUAACUGAUACUUCAUGCACAGUCUUUAACUGAUCCUGCCUCAUUUUAAUUCAUGUUUAAUAAUGAAAAAGAAAUAGAAUUAACCUGUACUAUAAUUUUCUUUUGCAACUUGAAUUUGAAUUCACUACUUUAAUUUCACAAAUAAAAUGUUUAGCACCAUCAAAUGGGGAAAUCCAGUUUGAGACCCUCAGAGUACAAAAGACAAUACUAUAGGUUACUAAAUUUGUGGUCUUCAGCUAAUUGGUCUAAAAUUUCCUUGCUUCAAUUGAA